AUGACACGACCGACACUUGUGCUUGACGGGUUAUGGCUCUCAUUAUGCCCGUCAUUCAAUCAACUAGCACUUGGCAGCGGUGCGCGACUGGCACGACGACAUCAACAUAUUCCAGAACAAUGUCUGUUACGGCUAAAUCGAUCUACCCCGGUAGACUCGCGGCGAUACUACCGCAGUCGACCCAAAGAGACACCCGAUAACGACUCUCCCUCUGAAUCCCCUCGCUCCGAAUUUGUAUCAUUAAACUCCUCUCCUUCAAAUCCCACCUCCCCUCCUAAAUCCAACGAUGACUCCAUACCGAAAUCUACCUACGGUCCAUAUUUUGUUUCAGCGGAAGACGGGGGCGACCCGAAGCGCAUGGUUCGCGUAAGACAAUACCCAAGAGUACCGGAGAGUUAUGAUCAGAAAUCUACGACUAGCCUUGAGAAUAUGCUGCGGUAUAUAACGGCUAAAGACCCCCAUGUUAAGAGUACGAUGCAAGUACUGCGGGCUUUGAUUCGGGAUCGCAAGGUGGAACCGCAUGCUCGGCACUAUCGAGCUUUGAUUCUUGCUAAUUGCGAUUGCAAGUUUGGGUCGCCAGAGGCUGUGCGUGGUCUUCUGCAGGAGAUGGAGGAGAACAAUAUCACAGCGGAUUCGGGGACGCUCCAUGCUGCUUUGAAGGCUCUUGCUGUACAUCCGGAUUAUAUACUGCGUCAGGAAAUCCUCCGCAAACUUCGAGACCGUUGGCUUACUAUCAGUCCUGACGGGUGGCAUUUCAUGGUUGCGGGUUAUCUGCGAGAACAUCAGUUCGAGCUGGCAUUGGACCAGAUCUCACUGAUGGAGCGGAAGGGAAUUCAUAUCGAAAAUUGGCUACACAGUAUGGCUAUAUAUCAGCUUUGUGAAUUUGACGAGUUCGAUGAGGUGUACCGCCUAAUGCAAGCUCGGGUAGAGCAAGGGCAUGACAUGACGCCUGAGCUUUGGGGACAUGUUUUGGCCGGGGCAAGUCAGCAUUCCCAUUAUGAUUUAACUCGGUUUAUUUGGCGUCGAAUGGUGGAUCUUGAGUAUCUACAUCCGGGUCCUGAUGUUUCUCGCGAAGCUUUAGCCGUUGCAUCAUACGCUGGUGACAUCUCUCUUGCCCUUGCUAUACUUCGCUUCUGUGAGGCUAGUGACUAUGCCUUUGGAGCCAGUGAGUACGAAAAUGUCUUGAAGAUCUAUCUCCAAACUGGUGAUCUCUAUGCGGCAUUCAGCGUCCUCUGCACAGUGGGUAAAGCGGGACUCGAAGUUGACGAGGAAUGGAUCCAGGCAAUAGUUUCGUAUAUGAUCGAGCACAAUACGAGUCACUGGGAUGCAUGGUCACUUCUCAAACGAUUGAAGAAAGAUAACCCGGAAGUAUCUAUUGACUGCGUGCGGGUUGUUGCUGAGCUCUGUGAGCAUUUGGCCCAAGAAGAGCCUUCAGUUGUCAAAGACGCAAUUGGCUUCUACAAAGAGCUCUAUACUUUGCGCCCGCAGGGCGCGGAUGUGCAUGUCUACAACUCAUUGGUUCGGAUGUGUCGUCAUGGCAAGGACAGCCAGUCCGGUCUCUUCCUAGUGAAAGAGAUGGCUUCGUUAGGCAUCCCUCCAGAUCCCGACACUUUUGAGGCUCUCGUUCUACUCUGCCUCGACGCUGGAAAUUACGAAUCCGCCUACAAGUAUCUUGAAGACCUCCUCCGUCUAGAGGAUGGAAUCGUCAGCGAAGAGACCCGACUUGAGAUACGCAGUAUGUGCUCUGACUCGGUCAAUGAGUUUGCUGUACGAUUACAGUCGCAUCCUCUAAUUCAAGAACCCAGCCCGCAAGCCACAUCUCAAAUCCUAAAGCGGAAAAGUCGUCGACGCUGGGGUCGAACCUGGUAUCGACCUGCAUAUUAUCGCCAGAUGCUUUCGCACGAGGACCGGAUCGCAUGGAAUAAGAAACGGCGACAAAAUAAACGGCGGAACGAGGCCAUUGCUCGCCACAGGGAAAAGACGGAUCUCGAGGGAAAAGGCUUUGCCUUACCAGAGUUCUAA